CUUGUGCAAUGUAGUUGCCAAAUUGUGUCUGUGACUUGAAAUCAAGUCAGCAAAAAGUCAUAAGCACCAACGUACAUGUAGUAUACAAGUACGACCCAUGCUCUCACCAUCCAUUGGAAUUUGUAAUCUUCUUUGCGUGGAUGAACCAUCAAAAUUUAUCUUGCUUUUCUUGAGUCCAAAAAUAUGGUUUUAUAAUUUUGUAACAGUCUUGCCUCUAGUUGCUUUAUCAGUACAUGUAAUACCAAAGAAUAAAUCAAAUUGUGUAGUGAAUCUUUAUUUCUUGUCAUUAUGCACCACAUGCAUUUAUAACGCACACUGCCCCACACAAACCACUAACUGCAUGAGAGCCAGUAAUAGCAAUCUGAUUCAAAAGCUAGAUUUCAAAUUUAGUCACACAGCCACUGCACAGAACCAUGGAUUGGACUGCCAAUGGACAUACUACAAUUGAGAGUGGGGAAGGGAUCUGGUGGCUUGUCUGAUCACAAUGGUAAGGUUCAUGUACAGUACAUGUACAUGAAUGGUUUGCACAUCUUACCCCAGCAUGAAAGGACAAAUUGUGCCGGGGUGCAAUGACUCAUGAAAAAGUUUCACAAUCUGUUUAUACUUGUUUUUGACUGUUCUGGGAGCAGUUUCUUUGCUUAAACAAAACCAAAGUACACGUACCAUCGGGACAUUUCAAGUUAUGGAGAUUCAUCUACUGAUGGGAAUAAAACUGCGAGUUGACAAUAAACAGAACUUCAAGUUAUAAAUUUACAUGUAAAUAUACAUGAACGUAUGGUUCUGAGUUUACAAGAGUGCACUGGUACACAUUUAUGGGGAAUAUUGAAUAUGUUUGAAAUAUCAAAUGUACUCAAUGCACUGGAUUUCAGAAAUACCGGUAUAUCAAUGAAAAAUAUCAACCAGCCUAUGCACAACAUACAGGUACAUGUAUGUGUACAGGUGUUUUAAUAUGCUAGUGCAAUGGCAUACUUUUGGUGUACACUGUGGUAAAUAAAUGUCCCAAAUGUCUUGAGCUACAAUUUAUGGACAUGGUGACAAUUGGUGAGCCACAGGAAAAGUCUAGCAUGCUUCCAAACAUCAAAGAUUAAAGCUUUUCUAAGCAUUACACAUUGCAUACAUACAUGUAAGGGGUUGUCCAAAGUUCUCAACAUUUUCAUAGUACACAGAGUACACUUGAAAUAUCAACAAACUCCAUACAUGUAGGUGCUACAUUGUUGGAAAGUGCCCAUUUUUAAGCAGAGAGAUAUGAAUUUUUGAAAGCCUUCAUGUUUUAAAACUAAAAGGGUUAAAUAUGAAAGCAUUGUUUAGACACAUUAAAAAACUUUUUAUUCAUCAAUGAUAAUGUGGACACCCCCCCCUAACAAGGACAAAACUAUGUGGGUAAAAAUGGAUACAGUGUUGGAAACGAUGCGCAACAAUGCAAAAGGUUAUUUAGUACACGUACUGUACUGUUGGCAUAUUGAGCUGUGUGCUUGUGCUCAUACUGUAGGCUGGGCUUCACGUACAGUACAUUGUACAUACAUACAGUAUACAUGUACACCCGAAGUGCAUCAUACCAACACAGUGUACCAGGCCGCGCCACUGUGGGUGGACCUACAGUACAAGGAAAAUAGUAUGUACCUCAUGCACGAUGCAUGCAAACUUUGUGAAUUUACUCUCCAUCAAAGGCAGCUUUCAGCACGCGACUGGUGAUUAUUAACCAUGCGAAGGUCCAUAUUGCCUGUGGUUUCAGCCAUCUCACUGAGUGCUGCCGGGGGAAUUCUGGGAUCGUGGUAUGAAAGAUCAAAGCAAAAUGCUACCAACAGUUUAACCUCCAAGCGUACAAAUGAUGACUUACCCAACUCCAGAUGGACAUUAUUUACUCAUGCGGAGGCAACUAAGAAAGAUUCACCAAGCCAGCCACCUUCUCAGAACCGUUCAGGAGAAAUCAUGAAAUUUGGUUUCCCCGAUCAUGGCCAAGUUCAAAUGCAUGAUAAUUAUGUAAUCUCAUAUGACAGAAGGAUGAGAAAUGCAAAAUGGGUUUUUGAAUGCUUAACAAGAGAUGAAGUCAAAUACAAUGAUGCUAUUGAUAGGACAGACUGUCAGUUUGAAGUGGACCAAUCGGUGCAUCCAUUCUUUCAGUCAACCAAUGAGGAUUAUAGGGGGAGUGGCUAUGACAGAGGUCAUCUAGCAGCAGCAGCCAAUCACCGAAGAUCAGGCGGAGUCAUGCAAAAGACAUUUCUACUCAGCAAUGUUAGUCCUCAGGUUGGUGAGGGUUUUAAUCGUGGCAUUUGGAACAACCUGGAGAAGUAUGUUCGGAGUUUGACGAAGCUUUACUCAAAAGUAUAUGUGUGUACAGGACCACUAUACUUAGCACACCAAGAGACCAACCGAAGGCGAUAUGUCAAAUACGAAGUGAUCGGUACCAACUCUGUGGCAGUCCCUACUCACUUCUUUAAGGUAGUGCUGGGAGAAACAAAGGAUCAAAUAUAUGAUCUGCGAGCAUUUAUUAUUCCUAAUACAGCCAUGUCAGAUGAUACACCACUGGAAAAGUUCCUUGUCCCAAUUGAUGCAAUUGAAAGGGCUGCAGGAAUAUUAGUCUUUGAACGUUUGCCAAGGAAUCAACUGCGAUCAGUAAAUGCUCCAUUGUGAAUGCAAUACAUGUAUUGUGGAGACAGACAACUUCUCUUGGAUGGAAAGGAUUAGAUGUUACAUAAUUAUGCAAAUGUUGAAAUAAACUAUAAUACAAGCAAUAUUAGUUAAGAUAUAAGAUGUUUAGCAAGUGGCUUAGGGCUGCUUUCUGUUUGCAGCGCUUUCUGUGUUGGGAGAUACAGGUUUUCAUAUUAGAAUCAUUGAAUAUGUAUAUUUUAGCAUAAUACUGCAGUGCACUCAAUCUUUUGAAAUAUUGCCAACGUUAAAUUCAAUUUGUUUUCAUACAGUUUAUUCAUAGAUCAAAGAUUCUUGACGAUGCCAAGUUAAAUCAUUGUGUGUUGCAUGUAUUAAUUUUAUUCUCAUAUGCUGCAAUUAAGUCUUAAACUGGAACUAAUAAUUAGAAGUUAUACACAAGUAGAACUGCAACAAGUGGCAUAGGAACAUUUCAACAAUUCAGUGGAUUAUAAAUACAUCAAAUAUUUAAAUGACAACUCCAUAUAGGGACAGGAGACACCUGUUCUGUUUUUUGCUCUUUGCAAUACUGCUUGAGUAGCCCUUUAUUACAAUAAAUAUUAUGGCAACAUCAACAUUACACAGAGUUGUAUUCCUUAAUGUAUUCUAAGUUGAGACAUUGAUCACAGAAAAGAUUGUAAAAUAAGGGUUUUAGUCUUUUGGACUGUCAACUGUAGAUGGAUAGCAAAGCUUUGGGUUUACUGACUUUUCUCCAAUGCUAUUAGUAAAUGGAAGUAUUGAAACAUAUACAUGUAUGUACUUCAGUUUGACAUUAAGUUUAAUAAAUAUAAAGAUAAUUAAAUGUUUAAUGACCACCAGUAGGUUCUACCUUUUCUGUGAUGUAUUCAGUCACACUUACCACACAAAACAAUCUUGUACUGUGUAGAAUGCCGAGCAUUUUAACCAACUUUGUAAACCAACAUUUGAAAGAUAUGCACCUAAUAAUGCACUGCGUUAUACUUCAAUACUUUCCCCAGAAAGUGAAAUUCAAUCCUAAUGUGUAAUGUUUUUCUUUCCUUUCAUUAUUUUGGCAAUAAAGUUUUAAAUUCCUACUUUGAGAAA